GGUCUCUUCUUACCUCUCCUGAUGGAGCUCAUGGUGCUGUGAUGAUCGAAGUGGGCAAGAUUUUUGUUGAAAAGGGCAAGAAUAAAUCGAUUUUCAAAUUUCGAUCGAGUCGAUUGCAGUUCGAAUCGAAUCGAAUCGAAUCGAAUCAAAUCGACUCGUUAUUGCUUCCGUGUCUCCAUCAUCGAUGUUGUGACCAUGGCACCUACAACCCAUCCAGCAGAGCCCGAGAGAAGAAGGGCAACCCAAAGCAAUACUGUACUCUACUCUCAACGAUACAUGUACUAGCUACGUAGCUAUUCAGUCGAGUCUGUAGGGACAGGACAGAAUGUCGCCGUGCUGCUGCUUUCUGCCGAUCCGCGCCGUAUCGGAUCGUUGUGCCCGAUAUAUUUUUCUGUUGCUGGGAAUUGGCAUUUUGGUCCCAUGGAAUGCCUUUAUCAGUGCGGUACCGUACUUUCAAUCUCGAAUUUGUUCCAUCCCAGGAGCCGAAGCACAAUUUGAAUCCUGGGUGGGGCUGAUCUUUAACCUUUCUUCAGUUGGUGCUUUGACACUGCUCUUGUCAUGGCCUCUUUGGAAGCACCAAUUUCAAAAACUCUUCUUGUUUCGCAGAAGAAUACCCCACAAUGAAAUUGAAACUGUGGGAGUGGGAGUCUUACGCGACAAUCAUCAUCAAGUACCGCCAGAACCAUCACCACACCACCAGCCAUCAUCCCACGACGCUCCUCCUGACGAUGCCCAUUACAAUGCUUCUUUUUGGAUGGUGACAAUUCCCUUGACAUUGUCGCUGUGUGUGUUUGUGGUUACCGAUCUCCUGGUGGCCAUUCAGAACAUUACUCCAUCGGCCUUUUUGGUCGUAACAUUAAUGGGAAUGUCUCUGUGUGGAGCCUGUGCGGCGUUUGCACAAGCCGGAACCGUGGCCACGUCGGGAUUCUUUCCCGGUCAAGUGGGCAUCAACCCAUUUGUUUCGGGACAAGCGGUCGGGGGUGUAUUGGUAUCGGCCGCCAAUUUCAUCUCCGCCAUGGCGGAAGAUCCGCAAGUUUAUUGGGAUCAACAUUGCGACCAUAAUCAUGAAAAUAACAGUACCACGGCGACUGCAGCAUCAAAAGCAACCACCACAAAGAAUCACAACAAUACGACUCUGGGUCACUAUUCCACCACCACAUGUCCUCCGUAUCAAACGAUGGAUGCUGCCGUAUUCAUCUACUUUCUUGUGGGGGCCUGUGUUUUGUUGGCAUGUGUCAUGGGAUACACACUCCUGGAUGCCAGUGCACGUGCACGACGACUGCAAGAACAAUAUGAAACGGUCGGCAACACUACAGACGAAUCCACCAUCGAAGAGUUUAGGGAUGAACCGGUAGAAAUAACAUCCAGCCAGUCUCAUCAACAUCAACAACCUUUUGAUAUCGCGCAAGAAGGAUGCGAUAGUGUGUGCGCUGAUAAUAAUGAGGAGGAUGUCUACGAGACCAGCAGCUCGGAUCGCAUGGCUGCCGGCCAACAUGACGACGUGCUAAGAACAGCAACAGCAGAACUACAACCACCCCAGACCGUGUUGCAAGCAAUCAAGGGCCCUGCCUUUUGCAUCUUUUUUACCUUUUUUGUGACACUGUCACUAUUCCCCUCUUGGACAUCCAGAUUGCAAAGUAUCCAUCAAUGCCAACCAAACAGCAAUCGCCUCAGCAAUGAUCUAUACGUCCCGUUUACGUUCCUCUUGUUCAAUAUUGGAGAUUUGACGGGAAGAGAACUUGCUGGCAGAAUAUUAGCCCUGGAUAGAAUGGACAAUGUGUCCUUCAAACUGGUCAUGGCAUCCAUUGCACGAUUUCUGUUUUUCCCAAUGCUGCUCCUGUGUGUUGGGGGCAGCAGCAGCAGCAGCCAUCAUGGGAUUCCGAGUGACUUUUACUCGGUCACAGUGCAGGCAUUGUUUGCACUCUCCAAUGGUGCACUCAUCACCUUGGCGUUUAUGCAUGCACCGUCGCUGCUUCCGGCUACCGUUCCAGGAGCCAAUGAAAAGUCGUCCGAGAUUUUGACCUUGUCUCUAUCGUUGGGGUUGUUUUGUGGCAGUUUGUUCGCCUUUCCAGUGUCCAAGCUGGCCUCGUAGUGGGCAAUUUCUUUUUGCAGGCCUUUCUGUUGUACAAGGUGUAGAUUAUUGAUAGAAAUACUGUAUUCUAUUUAUUCUUGAUUCUAUGAGAUGGGUUGCGUACUUGUAUGAUUCCCCCAAUCCACA